UUGGAGCACUCUUAUGUGUUGUUUUUAAUUCACAGUAUCAUCUACAAUCACUCUCUCUCUCUCUCUCUCUCUCUCUCUCUCUCUCUCCCUUUACUUGAUUCCGUAAGCUACCAGGACUGCAUCUAAUUCUCCUAUUCUAGUUUCACACUCCAUACCUCUUUCUCAAUGGAACUGUAUUGGCCCUUGUUUCAGAGUUAAUAUCUGGGUUCUCACUUCUCUCUUUUUUCAUAGUUUUGUUCAUCGAAUUCGCAACAAUGGCUAACCGGUGGUGGACAGGCGUCCAGGUGGGCUUGCCGGGAAUUGAUCCGGCAACCAGCUCACCUAAGCAAGAUCUUGAAAUCUCCAUGAACCAAAAAGCUUCCAACAAUUCUAUUAGAGAUGACGACGAAGAAGACGAGGACAGAGAUAAUAGGGAUGAGCUGAACGAGGGCGCGGUGGUGGAGCCUGGGUCACGUAGACCAAGGGGUCGCCCUCCAGGAUCGAAAAACAAGCCCAAACCCCCAAUCUUUGUCACUAGAGACAGCCCUAACGCGCUGCGUAGCCAUGUCAUGGAGAUAGCCGGAGGGACCGAUGUCGCAGAGAGCAUCGCCCAAUAUGCCCGGAGGCGUCAACGAGGGGUUUGCGUUCUGAGCGGAAGCGGUUCGGUCGCCAACGUGACACUGAGGCAGCCGGCCGCGCCAGGCGCUGUGAUGGCACUUCACGGAAGGUUUGAGAUUCUUUCAUUGACAGGGACAUUUCUGCCUGGACCAUCCCCACCUGGUUCCACUGGCCUAACUAUUUACCUGGCAGGCGGGCAGGGGCAAGUGGUGGGGGGAAGUGUGGUCGGUUCACUGGUGGCGGCAGGACCAGUCAUGAUCAUUGCCGCCACAUUUUCUAAUGCUACCUAUGAGAGGCUGCCUCUAGAGGAUGACGAUGAUGUUGGUAGCGCUGGGCAGGGUGAGCUGCCCAGCGCCACGGGAAGUGGCGGGGGACCACAACAACACGGUCUCCCUGAGCCUUCUUCUCUUCCAACUUACAAUUUGACACCAAAUCUAUUGCCUAAUGGGGGGCAACUUAAUCAUGAUCCAUACAAUUGGAAUCAUGCCAGGCCUCCUUAUUGAAGGGGGCAAGACCUAGAGAUCAGACAGUACUGUAACCUUAACAAUGUUCAAUAAGCAAAAGGGGAGAAAGGGUUUAGCCUCAUGAAUCCUUAAUGGUGUUGUAUUGAUAGGUAUUUAGGAAUAGCAAAUUCUAGAGGACAAAGCUUAUUCCUAUGUAAAUUAGGCUUCUUUUGUGUUGUUUCCUUUAAGUUUGCAAUAAAAAAAAGCCCCAGGUUUGCUUA